UCAACAAUGAGAAGGCAAUACUCUUUUGGAUUUAGAAGAAAAAAUUCUGAAAUGUUUCCUUAUUUCUGCGAAAUAUGCGUACCCCAACGACGUUUUAAUACAACUUCUGGCAAAGCUAGUCAUGAUAGAAUGAAGCACGGUGGGGCAUUUAGAAUUACAAGUACACCGUAUUCGAGGGAUCCACAAUUACCUAUUUAUCACAGUAGUCAAAGUGGUCAGACAUGCUCAUCGAGUUAUUCUUUAAGCACAUUGACAGGAAGUGAACUUCAGGCAUUUGUCAGGAAUGAAAUAGAACCUGACACGUCCUACAUUUCCAGUUGUAAAGCAGUGGUACAACGCCUUUGCUUCUUCAUGCAAAACAACUUUCCAGAUGAACUGAGGCCAUCUGAAGUUAUCAAAAGUGGUUCGCUUGGAAAAGGCACAGCAGUCAAAGGAAAAUCAGAUGCAGAUCUUGUUGUUUUCCUGUCUAGCUUUCAUUCGAUUUCGAAGCUGCACUCCACUUUGCCAUCAAUUUUACAAAGAAUGAAACUGUAUCUCGGCCAACACGGUCAUUGUACCGUAGAGGGAACAACACGCCACGCCGUGAAAGUGUCUUUAUCAUGUCAUGCUGGCCAUACCCAUGAUGUGGAUAUACUUCCCAGUGUCAACAUAUUGAGUAAAAACCUAAAAACAGAAAUAUAUUCAUCGAUGAAGUCUGAGUCACCAGCGCUGAGAGAAUACUACUCAGCUGCUCUGGCACCACUACAAAUUUCAUUUGUUUCAAACGUUCCUACAAAAGUUAAAACCCUGAUUCGUUUGAUCAAAUACUGGAGGAAAACUUUCUUUGAGGAGAGCAGUUCUCGACGAUUACCAAGCUCCUAUCCACUGGAGCUAAUAACAAUUGGAGAGUGGGAAGAUGCUGGGAGCCCGCAGAAUUUUGAUUUACUGAAAGGCUUCUACCAUGUAUUGAGAGCAAUUGCUAACUACACAAAGCUUAAGCAUGCAUGGAAUACAAAUUAUAAUUUUGACAAUUUUAAAUGUUACGAUUCCUGCUAUGUUAUGGAUCCAGCAAAUCCGUUCAACAAUGUUAUGAAGGCCUGUGACUGUUGGAGCAUGGUGGCAGAAAAAACAAAUCAGUUUCUUACCAAACCGCUAUUCUACGGAGUUUCAGUUUAUGGUGGCUGGCAUUAGAGGAGACACAUUUUGUAUCACAAACUGAUUUUCUAUAUUGGACUGCAUGUUUAAUUGAAAAUUUUUUGUAUGCUUAAAGAUUUUGAAAAUGGGUAACAAACACAAUUCGGACGAAUAUCGAGAAACAUUUGUUUA